UUUAUGGCAAUGAUUAUUAUCUUUUAAUUCUCUCUAUUUCGAAGAAGUCACUUUCUUUCUUAGUUGGAUGGAUUAAAUUUAAGCAGCAUCUUGUUUGGAUGCUGAGAAAAUCGUGGGAAAAUCUUUUUUUUUUUUUUUUCUUUCUUUUUGUUCGUGGAGUUUCAAAUUUGACUUGUUGAAUUCGGUGAACCCAGAAGCAAAGUUUCAAUCUUUUCCGUCUUCCCAUAAUUUUUCUAUGUGCUUGCAGUGGAUGGACACUUCCCUGUGCUACUGAAUUGAAUUUAUUGAAGUACCCGGGUGAAGAAAAAAUGGCUUAUGCGGGGUUUGCUCCUAUAUUGAAAUUGGGUUUUGUGUUUUCUUCUGUGUCUUUACCUCAAGAGAGGCACCCUUUUCUGUUUCCAGCAUCUCGCUGUGAAUUUUCCCUCAAAUUCUGUGAUGGGGUUGUGGCCAGAGGGUGCAAGUUGUUCCAAAACCCUACCUUUGUUGCUGCAAAACCCAGCUUCUCAAUCAGAGGUUUUAGGAGAACCAAAUCGGUGGAAAUGGACCAAUUCGUGACCAGUGAUGAUGAAGAAGAUGAAAUGGUUAGUGAUGGGUUCUUGGAGGCAAUUGAGGAGCUUGAGAGGAUGACAAGGGAACCUUCUGAUGUUCUGGAAGAGAUGAAUGACCGUCUCUCUGCAAGGGAAUUGCAGCUUGUGCUAGUUUACUUCUCACAGGAUGGAAGGGACUCAUGGUGUGCUUUGGAGGUGUUUGAUUGGCUUAGGAAGGAGAAUAGGGUGGACAAGGAGACCAUGGAGCUCAUGGUUGCAAUUAUGUGUGGGUGGGUGAAGAAAUUGAUUCAGGAGCAGCAUGGUGUGGGUGAUGUGGUUGCCUUGCUUGUGGACAUGGAUUGUGUGGGUUUGAGGCCUGGUUUUAGCAUGAUUGAGAAGGUGAUUUCCUUGUAUUGGGAAAUGGGGGAGAAGGAAGGUGCUGUUUUGUUUGUGGAAGAGGUUUUGAGGCGUGGAAUCCCUUAUGCUGGUGAUGAUACUGAAGGGCAUAAAGGAGGGCCAACUGGGUAUCUUGCUUGGAAGAUGAUGGUUGAAGGUGACUAUAGAAGCGCUGUUAGAUUGGUAAUUCGUUUUAGAGAAUCUAGCUUGAAGCCAGAGGUCUACAGUUACCUUGUUGCAAUGACUGCUGUGGUUAAGGAGCUGAAUGAAUUCGCCAAAGCUCUACGCAAGUUGAAAAGUUUUGUGAGGGCUGGGUUGAUAGCUGCAUUAUCUCCAGAAGAUAUUGAACUCACAGAGAAGUAUCAAUCAGAACUUCUAGCUGAUGGAGUGCGUUUGUCCAAUUGGGUGAUUCAAGAUGGAAGCUCAUCACUUCAUGGAGUGAUUCAUGAGAGGCUCCUUGCUAUGUAUAUUUGUGCUGGUCAUGGAAUUGAGGCUGAGAGGCAGUUGUGGGAGAUGAAGCUUGUAGGUAAGGAAGCUGAUGGAGAUCUCUAUGACAUUGUUCUUGCCAUUUGUGCUUCACAGAAGGAGGCUACUGCCACGGCGAGGCUUCUGAUGCGGAUUGAGGUUGCAAGCUCACCACAGAAGAAGAAAAGUAUGUCAUGGUUGUUAAGAGGCUAUAUAAAAGGUGGCCAUUUUAAUGAAGCAGCUGAGACUCUCAUGAAAAUGCUUGAAUUGGGAUUCUAUCCAGAAUAUUUGGACAGGGUAGCUGUAUUGCAAGGUUUAAGGAAAAAGAUUCAGCAAUUUGGAAAUUUAGAUACUUACCUCAAGCUAUGUAAGUCCCUUUCUGAUGCAAAUCUUAUAGGACCUUGUCUUGUAUAUUUGUAUAUAAGAAAAUAUAACCUUUGGGUUGUGAAAAUGCUCUAAAGAAAGUGUGACCUGAUACCAUGCAAUUUUCCAACCUUCUAGUUUGUAUACCUUGAGCACUAAUUUUCUUGGUGCUUGCUUACAUGUAUAGUUUUGUAUAGUUUUAAUGUCAAAUGGACCAAUUCUAGUGGCAUAGCAAUGUUGUAAUGAGUAUGUAUGAUUAGUAUCUUCUCCGGAAUAUGAUUCACCUGUGUACUAGAUAGACGCUGUGAUAAUGUUAUCAUUGCUUCAAGUUUUUAAUUUAUGAGAUAAGCAUAUAGAUGUUAUGUACUUGGAAGGUUGACUCUGCUAAAAUGAACUUUGAGUCAUCGAUUCCAUGAGUAAGAGCAUGAUUGUAUUGGCAACA